AUGGCGUAAACAUCGCUCGGCGGGCCCGGGAGUCCCGCCCCGGUUCGCCCUCUGCCGCUGGGUUGGCCGCCGGCUCCAGCUGGGCGUCGGAGGAGCUCAGCCGGUUGGCGCAGUCGCUGCCGGUCGCCGCCCCAGGAGGGACGCCAGGGCUGAACGAGGAAGAAGGCGCGCCCGGGAGAGGCCGGCGACAGUCCUCGCCGCGUCCUUAGGGUAACAGCGCGGAGAUGCCGGGAGAAUCACGCGGCCGCAAGGGGAGCGCCGCCGGCUACGAGCGCUUGCGGCCUUUCAGCCGGAAGAAAUGCAGUCCUGAAGAAAGUGCUUCCUUUUACAGCAAGAUAACUUAUACCUGGUUCAGCAGAGUUAUAACUUUAGGCUAUAAGAAGCCACUAGAAAGGGAUGACCUUUUUGAACUCAAUGAGGGAGAUUCUGCCUAUGUGGUAUGUCCAGAUUUUGAAAAGCAGUGGAGGAAAGAACUUCUUAAGUCAAUCAAGGAGAAAAAGGCUCCUGCUUAUGAAGAUGUCACAAAGAGACCAAUUUGUAAAAGGCCAUCUCUCCUUUCACCACUGUGGCAGACAUUUAAGUUUUCAUUGAUCAAGGUUGCUCUUUUGAAAGUUGCAGCUGACAUUUUGGCUUUUACAAGUCCACAGGUCAUGAAAGAAAUGAUUCUACAGUAUGAGCAUCACUCUGUUUCAUAUUGGAAUGGUUAUGGAUAUGCCGUUGCUCUGCUCUUUGUUGUAGUUCUGCAGACCCUCCUACAUCAGGUUUAUCAGCGUCUGAACAUUCUUACUGCUGUAAAAAUUAAGACUGCCAUUGUUGGCCUCGUAUACAAAAAAGCCUUAAAUUUAUCCAAUUUUUCACGACAAAAAUACACAACUGGCGAAAUUGUUAACUUAAUGUCUACAGAUAUCCAGCAACUUAUGGAAGUGGCCAUCAACCUCAACCUCUUAUGGUCAGCCCCUUUUCAGAUCCUACUUACCAUCAUCUUCCUUUGGCAAGAACUCGGCACCUCAGUUUUGGCAGGCAUUGGUGUGCUCCUUUUGGUCUUACCUAUAAAUACUUUUUUUGCUGCCAAACUGAAGCAACUCAGGAAAAGUCAAAUGAAGAAUAGCGAUCUACAAGUUAAACUCCUAAGUGACGUCUUGCAUGGAAUAAAGAUUCUCAAGCUGUAUGCAUGGGAGCCUUCAUACCAGAAAAAGAUUCUGGCAAUUCGAGAACGGGAAAUUGAUGUUUUGAAAUCCACUGGAUAUCUGACAACAUUCUCCAUGCUGACAUUGACUUGUAUUCCUUUCCUGGUUUCUUUGGCUACUUUUGGAGUCUUUUUUCUCUUGGGUGAAGAAAAUGUUUUGACUGCAGCUAAAGUUUUUACCUCAAUCUCCCUCUUUAACAUUUUACGACUACCUUUGUUUGAUUUGCCUACAGUGAUAUCUGCAGUAGCUCAGGCGAAGGUUUCUCUAAGCCGUUUGGAGGAUUUUCUGUCUUCUGAAGAUCUUGACCCUCAAAAUAUUAAUGCAGACUAUAGUGGAGAUCAUGCAGUUAGAUUUGUUAAUGCCUCUUUCCGCUGGGAGAAGAUUGGAGCUCCGACUUUAAAUAAACUGAGCCUAAAGAUUCCAGAAGGUUCAUUGGUGGCAGUUGUGGGUCAAGUUGGAUCAGGCAAAUCUUCUCUCCUUUCUGCCAUUCUUGGAGAAAUGGAAAAAACAGAAGGAUCUGCUCAGAGAAAAGGUACAGUGGCUUACGUUUCCCAGCAAGCCUGGAUACAGAAUGCCACUUUGCAGGAAAAUAUUCUUUUUGGCUCUGAUAUGCACCAGCAAUAUUACAAAAGAGUUUUGGAGGCCUGCGCUUUAUUGCCCGACUUGGAACAAUUGCCCGUUGGAGAUCAAACAGAAAUUGGGGAAAGGGGUGUGAAUAUAAGUGGGGGUCAGAAGCAGAGAGUAAGCCUGGCGAGAGCUGUGUACAGCAAUGCGGAUCUCUACUUACUAGAUGAUCCCCUGUCUGCUGUAGAUGUCCAUGUUGGGAAGCAUCUGUUUGAAAAGGUGAUCGGGUCCUCUGGCUUGCUGAGAAACAAGACUCGUAUUUUAGUGACAAACAACCUGAUGCUCCUGCCACAAGCAGACCUUCUAGUUAUGAUGGAAGAUGGGAGAAUUACUGAAAUGGGGAGUUACAAAGAGCUACUCUCAAAAAGAGUGAACUUUGCUGAGCUUGUUCUAAACGUUGGUGUAGGAAAAGAAAACAAAGAGACCACUUUGACAUCAAAAGACUAUCCUAAAGGUGAUAUUAAAACACAAGACCACCUUGUACCAAAGAAAACCCAACCUCUAGAGCAUAAACAUGGGACCAUGUUCUCAACAAAGAGGGAAAAAAUUGCUACCGGUACUAUGAAAAUGUCAAUUAUUUUGAAAUACUUGCAAGCCUUUGGCUGGUCAUGGAUGUGGCUAACUAUAGCAGCCCACCUGGGUCAAAAUGCUAUAGCCAUUGGACAAAAUCUAUGGCUCAGCAAAUGGACAACUGAGGCAAAACAAAUUAAUGACUUUGCAGAAUGGAAAACUCUAAGAAACCACAAGCUUGCUGUCUAUGGGAUCUUGGGAUUUGUGCAGGGUUUUUUGGUGUGCUGUGGAGCAUAUGUGCUAACCAGAGGAUCUCUCUGUGCUUCUCGGGCAUUGCAUGAGCAGAUGUUAGACAGUGUCCUGCGCCUUCCCCUCCAGUUCUUUGAAACAAAUCCUGUCGGUCAGAUCAUCAACCGAUUCACCAAGGACAUGUUUAUUGUUGAUAUACGUUUCCAUUAUUAUCUGCGGACUUGGCUGAAUUGUAUGCUGGAUGUUGUUGGAACUAUUCUUGUGAUUGUGUUUGCAUCACCUCUGUUCAUACUAGUUGUGGUUCCACUGGGAUACAUCUAUUUCACUAUACAACGGUACUAUAUAGCUAGUUCCCGACAAAUUCGAAGAUUGGCUGGGGCAUCACAUGCCCCUAUAAUUUCACACUUCAGCGAAACACUUUUGGGUGCAACAACUGUCAGAGCAUUUGGACAUCAGGAAAGAUUUAUUAAUCAAAACAAAGAUGUGGUCAAUGAGAACCUGGUUUACUUCUACAACAACGUGAUUUCAAACAGAUGGCUGGCUGUCAGACUUGAAUUUCUGGGCAACCUGAUGGUCUUCUUUGCAGCAGUACUUACCGUGUUUGCUGGCAGAAAGAUGGAUUCUGCUACAGUGGGAUUAUCAAUAUCAUAUGCUCUAAAUAUAACUCAAAGUUUGAACUUUUGGGUUCGAAAAACAUGUGAAAUUGAAACCAAUGGAAUUUCUAUUGAAAGAGUUUGUGAAUACUCAAAACUAGAAAAAGAGGCCCCCUGGAUACUGUCCAAACGACCACCUGCAGGGUGGCCUGGAGAAGGAGUAAUACAGUUUGUCAAUUACCAGGUUCGGUAUAGACCGGAUCUGGGCCUAGCUCUACAGAAUAUUUCUUUUCAAAGCCACAAAGAAGAGAAGAUUGGAAUCAUAGGAAGAACAGGAGCUGGGAAAUCGACUCUCACAAAUAGCUUGUUUAGAAUAUUAGAAAAAGCUGGAGGCAAAAUUAUCAUAGAUGGUAUUGACAUAUCAACAAUCGGUUUGCAUGAUCUGCGUGGCAAGCUUAACAUUAUACCGCAGGACCCAGUAUUGUUCUCAGGGACCCUCCAAUCCAAUCUGGAUCCACUUGGAAAGUAUUCUGACCUGGAACUGUGGGAUGCACUAGAGUUAUGCGACUUGAAGAAUUUUGUGCAGUCGCUCCCAAAGAAGCUGCUCCAUGAGAUCUCGGAGGGUGGCGAAAAUCUAAGUGCGGGACAGAGACAACUUGUUUGUCUUGCUCGUGCUUUGUUACGGAAGACAAAAGUGUUAAUCUUGGAUGAAGCGACAGCAUCAAUUGACAUUGAAACAGAUAAUCUAGUGCAAUCCACAAUCCGGAAAGAAUUUCACAACUGCACAGUACUCACCAUUGCCCACAGGCUUCAUUCAAUCAUGGACUCUGAUCGGGUGCUUGUUCUGGAUUCUGGAAGGGUUGCUGAAUUUGAUACACCAGAUUGCUUGCUACAACAGAAAGGCAUGUUUUACAGAAUGGUAUCUGAAGCUGGACUACAGCAAGAGACAGCUGCCUAACCGAUUUAGGAACACGGUGUGCAUAUUUUUUAAAAACUGUGCUACAAGUAUAGCAUUCAGAGUUAUUUAAUUUUAUAAGGGCAUAAAGGUGUGUGGGAGGGAUUAAUAGAAUAAAUGGCAACAAUAAACAAUUUUAAUACAAAA